CGCGGGACUGUUUACAAUGGAAACUCGGUAGCUUCGAACCCUCUCUACCACCAUGAGUGCCGAACCGCUCCCUCCUGAUGUCCAAGCCGCGCGCAAGGCUCGUAUCAACAGUGACAUUAUCAAGCUGUGCUCCAAACCGAUCCCUCUCUACUCUCAUCCGACCGCGCACGGCAUUGGACUGUACACGCACGUGGCAGGUACCAAAACUGUAGCGAGAAAUCCGCACUCCGCCUUUGCCGACAAGCGUGAUGGAGAGGUCGCUCUGCUGCCGCUCGGCGGACCCAAGAAGAUCGUACCCAGCAAGCUCCACGAACCACCGAACAAGGAGUUAGCCGCGAUAUACAAAGAGCUACAGGAUGCUGUGAAAGCUGAAGAGAAGAUCUGGAGCGACAUGAGGGUUGCGGCGGAUGAGAGGGGUGAGGCGCCAAAUGACGCAUAUAGAAUGAGCCUCGAUACUUUAAAGAAGAAGUAUGGCGACGUCAAUGCACCGCCGCCAGAAAGCGCAAUGUCGCAGCGAGACAGUAAACAACAAGACAAGCGGAGGCACUCUGAAGUGACGGGCAUUCCGAGCGGCGAGGCACCAAAGAAGAAGAGAGUCGGCUUCGCCUCGCAGUCAGAGCUUCAACGACAAAGCACUGAUGCGUCGAUGAGAGAAAGGAACUCAGAUGCGGAGAGGCGAGGAAGCGGAAGCAGGGCCGGCAACGAGUACGAUGUCUAUCGUGAUCCACGACGACAAAGGCGAUGAAGGAGCCAGUACCAUCAUAGAGCGGAGCAAGCGAGAUUUCAAAAGCAUUGUACGGCGUUCAUGAUUGAGCGAUAUACCCCUAG